UCCCUGGCAAUGCUGAGUUUAUAUAACAGUCAGAUGGGGAUAGCAGAGCUUCCUCUCACCUCCUCCUCCUACUGCUAAUAGAGAGGCCAAGCCUUGUCUAUGGUGACGAGAGGCGUGAAAAGCAGCGCAGACAGGUGACCUGUGUAUGGAGCUGGCGGAGUCCACUAUUCUACCAGAAACACCGGAGAGAGAAGAGUAAUAUGGAGGAACUAUCCGAAGGAAGGCAAUGUUCUACCUACAACCAGGAUCUCCAACACAAGACUAUCCUGGUGGGAGACAGUUCUGUUGGGAAGACAUCGCUGCUUGUACAGUUUGACCAAGGCAAAUUUCUCCCGGGGUCCUUCACUUCUACAGUGGGCAUUGGAUUCACGGUGAUGCUGCUGGGAGAUUCUGGUGUUGGAAAGACCUGUUUUCUCAUCCAAUUUAAAGAUGGCGCGUUUCUAUCUGGCACCUUCCUGGCCACUGUGGGCAUCGAUUUUCGGAACAAAUUUGUCGCUGUGGAUGGACAAAAUGUUAACUUGCAGAUUUGGGACACAGCGGGUCAGGAGCGGUUUCGAAGUGUCACACAUGCGUAUUACAGGGAUGCACAGGCUUUACUCCUAUUAUAUGACAUUACCAGCAGGACGUCAUUUCAGAACAUCCGUGCUUGGCUUGCAGAGGUGCACGAAUUUGCUCACAAGGAUGUGGUCAUCAUGCUGCUCGGCAACAAGAGUGACAUGACCGAUAGAAGAACGAUCAGAACAGAAGAAGGAGAAUCCCUGGCAAAGGAAUAUGGAAUUCCCUUCAUGGAGACAAGCGCCAAGACUGGUAUAAAUGUGGAACUGGCUUUCAUGGCAGUAGCAAGGGAGCUGAAGCACAGAUCCAGUGACCAGAAUGAGACCAAAUUCCAAAUCCAUGAGUACAUCGAAUCUCAGAAGAAGAAAAGCAACUGUUGUGGAUUGUACUGAUGGGAACAUUGUUGAAGCUUGUCGCCAUCCUCGGGAAAAGCCAUGUUGGAGUUGUUUCUGUUCCCAGGAGCAGGAUCCGCCUUCAGUCAUAGGUGGAAGAAACUGAUGAUUUUCUUUUUUCAAACUGCCAAUGCUUGGUGAUGUCACAGUGGUGGCCCCGCCACGUGAAUUUUACUCAGGACUUUUAAGGACCUCCUUGCCAGUUAUUGUUAUGAUUUAGGUUGUGAUGUCUUAUGUGAUGUAGGAUCCAUAUAUUAAGAGGAUUAGUCUAUGCAUCACUGACAUUUCAGCUCUGGAGAGAAGGACGACUCUCCAGUCUUUUUCUUAUCUUUCAGGGACUCCAGCUAUACUUCUGAUUUUCCUGGCUCCACCAAUCUGUUGCUGCCAUUAUCAGUAUUGCUCUCCCUGUUUAA